AAGGGGCGGGGCCAACUGGCCGAAGCCUCGUGGAAGCUGUGGUGUGCCUGGGAGGUUCGCGGCGGCCGCUGAGCACCUUUGAUCAAAAGCUCGAGGUUGGCUGAAUUCUGUCUGAGACCUUUGUGGUGUCAGCAACAGUCGAGGCAUUGCCUCCCUUGUGGUUUCAAGCACCAUAACAUGGGGCUCACCAAGCAGUACCUACGCUACGUUGCAAGUGCAGUCUUUGGCCUGAUUGGCAGCCAAAAAGGAAAUAUUGUCUUCGUGACACUUCGUGGAGAGAAGGGACGCUAUGUAGCAGUACCAGCCUGUGAACAUGUUUUCAUCUGGGACUUAAGGAAAGGAGAAAAGAUUCUCAUCCUUCAGGGGCUUAAGCAAGAAGUCACUUGCUUGUGUCCCUCUCCAGAUGGGCUACACUUAGCUGUUGGUUAUGAGAAUGGGUCUAUCCGAAUCUUCAGUCUCCUGAGUGGGGAGGGAAAUGUGACCUUUAAUGGACACAAAGCAGCUGUCACUACCUUGAAGUAUGAUCAGCUAGGAGGCAGACUGGCAUCUGGGUCUAAGGACACAGAUGUUAUUGUGUGGGAUGUGAUCAAUGAAAGUGGUCUCUACCGUCUAAAGGGGCACAAGGAUGCCAUCACACAAGCACUAUUUCUACGAGAAAAGAAUCUGCUAGUGACUAGUGGGAAAGAUACUAUGGUGAAAUGGUGGGACCUUGAUACCCAGCACUGCUUCAAAACAAUGGUUGGCCACCGAACUGAGGUAUGGGGGUUGGUUCUGGUGUCGGAAGAAAAACGACUCAUCACUGGGGCGUCGGACAGUGAACUGAGGGCUUGGGACAUAGCCUAUCUACAAGAGAUUGAAGACCCGGAAGAACCAGAGCCUAAGAAAAGCAAAGCAUCUGUUCCUGGAAUACAGGAUGUACUUGAGGAUGGCACCCUUGAAAUGGAUGAAGCUCCUGAGGAUCGCAUCCUUUCGUGCAGAAAAGCUGGUUCUAUAAUGCGGGAAGGAAGGGACAGAGUUGUGAACCUUGCAGUUGACAAGACAGGCAGGAUUCUUGCUUGCCAUGGAACUGAUUCUGUGCUAGAAGUGUUUUGUAUUCUUUCAAAAGAAGAAAUUCAGAAGAAAAUGGAUAAAAAGAUGAAGAAAGCUAGAAAGAAAGCAAGAUUAGAUUCUUGCAAAGUAGAGGAGGAAGGCCUCGAAAUCAGUGUUGAAAUGACUCUUCAAGAUGAAAUCCAGCGGGUGGCUAAUAUAAAAACUUCUGCCAAAAUCAAAUCCUUUGACUUGAUUCAUUCACCUCAAGGAGAGUUAAAGGCUGUGUUCCUGCUGCAAAACAACCUGGUGGAAUUAUAUUCACUGAACCCAUCCUCGCCUGCUCCCCAGCCUGUCAGGACAAGCAGAAUCACCUUGGGCGGCCAUCGCAGUGAUGUGCGGACUCUGUCGUUCAGCUCAGAUAAUAUCGCCGUCCUUUCAGCGGCCGCUGAUUCCAUUAAAAUAUGGAACAGGUCUACACUGCAAUGUAUUCGCACGAUGACCUGUGAAUAUGCUCUUUGUUCAUUCUUCGUACCUGGUGAUAGGCAGGUAGUCAUAGGAACAAAGACAGGAAAGCUGCAGCUUUAUGACCUGGCCUCAGGAAAUAUGCUGGAGACAGUAGAUGCACACGAUGGAGCUCUGUGGUCCAUGUCUCUCUCUCCAGAUCAGCGUGGCUUUGUGACAGGUGGUGCAGAUAAAUCUGUCAAGUUCUGGGAUUUUGAGUUGGUGAAAGAUGAAAAUAGUACCCAAAAGAGACUUUCUCUGAAGCAAACGCGAACCUUGCAGUUAGAUGAAGAUGUUCUGUGUGUCAGAUACUCUCCCAAUCAAAAGCUAUUGGCUGUGUCUUUGCUGGACUGCACUGUGAAAAUUUUCUAUGUUGACACUUUAAAGUUUUUUCUUUCACUGUAUGGACAUAAACUGCCUGUUAUAUGCAUGGACAUCUCUCAUGAUGGAGCAUUAAUAGCAACUGGCUCUGCGGACAGAAAUGUGAAAAUCUGGGGCAUGGACUUCGGGGACUGCCACAAGUCUCUGUUUGCACAUGAUGACAGUGUGAUGUACCUUCAGUUUGUACCCAAGUCUCACCUCUUCUUCACCGCUGGGAAGGAUCAUAAGAUUAAGCAGUGGGAUGCAGACAAAUUUGAACACAUACAAACUCUGGAGGGGCAUCAUCAGGAAAUAUGGUGUUUGGCUGUAAGCCCCAAUGGAGACUAUGUUGUAUCAUCAUCCCAUGACAAAUCUCUGAGACUCUGGGAGAGAACUAGAGAACCUCUUAUUCUUGAGGAAGAAAGAGAGAUGCAAAGGGAGGCAGAAUAUGAGGAGAGUGUGGCCAAAGAAGACCAACCAGCAGUUCCAGGGGAGACACAAGGUGACAGUUACUUUACUGGAAAGAAAACUAUUGAAACAGUCAAAGCAGCUGAGAGGAUCAUGGAGGCUAUUGAGCUAUACCGAGAAGAAACUGCAAAAAUGAAAGAACACAAAGCCAUCUGUAAAGCUGCAGGGAAAAAGGUUCCUCUUCCCACCAACCCCAUCCUGAUGGCUUAUGGCAACAUCUCACCUUCAGCUUAUGUACUAGAGAUUUUUAAAGGAAUCAAGUCAAGUGAGCUGGAAGAAUCUCUACUUGUGCUGCCUUUCUCUUAUGUCCCAGACAUUCUUAAGCUCUUUAAUGAAUUUAUCCAGCUUGGUACUGACAUUGAACUACUCUGUAGGUGCCUUUUCUUCCUCCUCAGGAUUCACUUUGGACAGAUCACUAGCAACCAGAUGCUUAUACCGGUGAUAGAAAAAUUAAAAGAAACAACUAUUUCAAAAGUCACCCAAGUCCGGGAUAUUAUCGGCUUCAAUAUGGCAGGUCUGGAUUAUCUCAAGAGGGAAUGUGAGGCAAAAAGUGAAGUUAUGUUUUUUGCUGAUGCUACUAGUCAGUUUGAAGAAAAGAAGAGGAAGAGGAAAAAGAGGGAGAAGCUUAUUUUAACAUUGACUUAGAACUGGAGUGGGGUUCCUUUUCUACUUUUUCCUUUAAAGGGCUUCUCAACGAAACAGCAGUAGGAUUGGUGUCAUCUUAAAAAUACCAGCCAGCAAAAGAUCUCAGGAUGUGGUCCCCAGCUUUGCCUGAGGGAACUCCAACAUGGGGCUGUGGACUGUCUCCAUUUCUUGGACUUGAUGACAUGAUAAGUUUAGAAAUCUUUCUGUGUUUUGAAAGUUUGAGCCCUGUGGGAGUUAAUCCUUUUAUAUUUGCUAACAUGGAGUAAAGACUUAAAUGAGGUAUUUCACUGGAGUUGAAAUGAACAUUUCAGAUGUUUUUCACAUUUCUUAUGGCAGAUAAUUAUAUGAUUUGUUACUUUUGUAUUAGGUUUACCUCUUAUUGAGACAAUUAUGUGCAUAAUGGUUUGCCCCUUUGUCUAUAAAUGAAUGCGGUAUCUUAGACUUUUGGAAUUAACAGGAAUUAUUAGGUCCAACAGACUUAUCAAGAGCAGCCUCCUUAAACUUAACCUCAUACAGGUUCUUACAUUUGUAUAUAAGAUCAUAAUUGCAGUUUAUACUUGUCCGAAUAAAAUAGCUGUUUCUAAUGAAA